AUGGCGUCGUUGAUAUCCGGUGCCAUGAACAGCGCCGCAUGGACCGGAGCUGGCAUGAUCCCCGUGUUCGUGGUCGGGUUGGCAUACCUCCGGUACUCGAUGUACGACCCCGAGUCACGUGUGGUAGACGUCCUAGAGGUACGAGAUGAAUACGAUUUCAUAGUGGUGGGCGCGGGCUCAGCUGGGGCCGUAAUAGCUAACAGGUUGUCGGAAAUGCAAAACUGGACGGUGCUGGUGCUGGAAGCCGGCGGCGACGAGACGGAGAUAUCGGACGUUCCUUCGUUCGUCGGCUACCUGCAGCUAUCCGAUAUGGACUGGCAGUACAAGACGGCGCCGCCUUCCAGUGACAACCCGUACUGCUUGGCCAUGGUACACGAUCGGUGCAACUGGCCCCGCGGGAAAGUGCUGGGUGGUUCCAGCGUGCUCAACGCCAUGGUGUACGUGCGGGGCAACCAAAGGGACUACGAUCUGUGGGCCGCGGCUGGUAAUCCUGGCUGGGCCUACGCGGACGUACUGCCGUACUUCCUCAAAUCUGAAGAUAACCGGAACCCAUACCUUGCCAGGACCAAGUAUCACACACGCGGUGGCUACCUGACCGUGUCGGAGGCGCCGUGGCGGACACCUCUGGCUACAGCGUUCGUUGCCGCUGGCGAGGAGUUGGGCUAUCAGAACCGUGACAUCAAUGGUCAGUUCCAGAACGGGUUCAUGCUCACCCAGACUACCACCCGCCGAGGCAGCCGGUGCAGUACUGCCAAAGCGUUCCUCCGGCCGAUCCGACUACGGCCCAACAUUCAUGUGUCGAUGCACAGCCAAGUGACCCGAAUACAUUUUUCCGGAGGUAAUGAUGGAAGUGACAAGCUCCGGGCGACCGGUGUCACGUACCUCCGGAACGGCAAGAGGCGCACGGUUACCGCCCGGAAGGAAGUGAUACUUUCGGCGGGUGCCAUCGGAUCACCACAGCUGCUCAUGGUGUCGGGCGUCGGGCCGGCCGACCACCUUACCGAACUGGGCAUAAAGCCGGUCGUCGAUCUGAAAGUGGGCCACAAUCUGCAGGACCACGUGGGCCUGGGUGGGUUGACGUUUCUCAUCGACGAUCCGAUCACGUUCAAAAAGUCCCGGUUCACCUCGGCGUCCGUGGCCCUCGACUACAUAAUGAAUGAGCGGGGCCCUCUGACAUCCAGCGGCGUCGAGGGCCUGGCGUUCGUCAACACCAAGUACGCUGACCCGUCGGGUGAGUUCCCGGACAUACAGUUCCACUUCGCGCCCAGUUCCGUCAACUCGGACGGCGAUCAGAUACGGAAGAUCACUGGGCUCCGGGACGCCGUGUACAACACAGUGUACAAGCCGCUGGUGAACGCCGAGACGUGGACGCUGCUGCCACUGCUAUUGCGUCCCAAAAGCUCCGGGUGGGUGCGACUGAAAUCAAAGAACCCGCUGGCGCAUCCGAUCAUCGAGCCCAACUAUUUCGCGCACCGGGAAGACGUACAGGUGUUGGUUGACGGCAUCCGGAUCGCGUUCAACGUGUCCAACACAGCCGCAUUUCGUAAAUACAACUCCAGGCCGCUACUGACACCCAUGCCGGGGUGCAAGAAGUUCGAGUUGUUCAGCGACGAGUACUGGGAAUGCGCGCUCAGGCACUUCACGUUCACCAUUUACCAUCCGGCCGGCACGUGCAAGAUGGGCCCGGACACGGACCCCGAUGCGGUGGUCGACCACCGGUUGCGAGUGCGGGGCAUCGAUGGUCUCCGGGUGAUAGACGCCUCUAUCAUGCCGAACAUAAUCAGUGGCAACCCCAACGCGCCAGUCAUCAUGAUCGGUGAAAAAGGCGCCGACAUGAUCAAAAAAGAUUGGUCAUCAUAG